AUGCGACCUCUCAUCACCCUCGAAGAGCACUUUGCCUCCCAGACCGUCAUCACUUCCAGUGACGAGGCCAAAGCCCACUAUGCCCACUUUCCGUCUCACAUCCUCGACAAGCUCACCGACCUGGACCAAACGCGCGUCGCCGACUUGGACAAAGGCCAUGUGUCGCUGCAAAUCGUCUCGCACGGCCCCGGCAAUGUCGGCACCGGCGUCUGCACCAAGGUGAACGAUGACCUCGCCGCCGCCAUCCAGCGCAAUCCCACCCGUCUCGCGGGCUUUGCGAUGUUGCCCAUGCGUGAGCCCGAUGCCGCGGCGGCCGAACUGGAGCGCUGCGUCAAGACGCACGGCUUCGUCGGCGCCCUAAUUGAGAACCACCUCGACGGCGUCUUUUACGACGCAGAAUCCUUUUGGCCCGUCUUCGCCCGCGCACAGGACCUGGACGUGCCGCUCUACAUACACCCGACUUUUGCUUCCGACUCCAUGGUCGAGCACUACAAGGGCAACUACCCGGACAGCGUCGCCUUGGCGCUCAGUGCCUUUGGCUGGGGCUGGCACGCUGAGACGGGCCACCACAUCCUGCGGCUCUUUGCGGCGGGCGUCUUUGACCGCUUUCCAAAACUGAAAAUCAUCAUUGGCCACAUGGGCGAGAUGCUGCCGUUUCAGCUCGAUCGCUGCAUCGGAGUUUCGGAGCGAUGGGGCGCCAAGCAGCGCGGACUGCGCGAGGUCUGGCGCGAGAACAUCUGGGUGACGACGAGCGGCAUGUUCAGCCUCACGCCGCUCAAGUGCCUGCUUCAAACGAUGCCCAUUGACCACGUUUUGUACAGCGUCGACUACCCAUUUUCUCCCAACGAAAAAGGGCUUGAUUUCCUGAACGAGAUUGAGAAGAGCGGUCUCAUCGCGGGUGAUGACCUAGACUUGUUCGCUUACAAGAAUGCCGAGAAUCUACUGCGAGUUACAGCGACACCCAAUUGA